CUUCCUGCUUACAGCUCCGAUCCAAACAGGUGAGCAAAGAAAGCUCGGGUGAGUCAACCGCAGGUGAGUUGUGGAUUGGUUUCAAUUUGCCAUGCAGAGAGGAGGUGCAACCGUAGGACGCGGAACUUUCACAUUCAGGUUGAGGAGCUCUCGGAUGGCGCAUGGAGAGUGAAGAACCCGGACACCUGUAGGAAGAACUCUUGACCCCCUUGACCCUAAGAAACUUAAGGACACAAAACAAGAAAGUGUUCUAUUCUUGCGCAGGAUGAAGGUGCAACUCGUGCUCCCUCUGGCGUUGCUGACGUCUGUUCUUUUGGUGGGAAUACUAAAGAUGCGCAAAAGGGACCACGAGAAGGGCGAGAAGCUGAGCCGGUUCCAGGACAUCAAGCUGCGGGUGACCAGCGAUGUCCUCCAGGAGUACCAGAAGGAGAAGAUAGAGAUGCAGAACCAGCUGGAAAAGGUUCAGGGCGAGCUGAAGUCCAUGGAGGAAGAAGUGGAGGUUGUGAAGACCAAAGCAGAGAAGGCGGCUGGAGAUUUAACCGGCUGCGAGAGUUCCCAGAAAUCUGGUACAGAUCAGCAGGCAGCAGAGGAAACAAAUUUGGGCAACCUCAAAGCCCAAACUGAGAAGGAGAAGACAGAGUGGAACGCAGAACUAGAUCGACUGAAAAAGCAGCUGACAGAAAAAAGUCCAGUGUGUAACUUCUUGAAAGAGUACCCAGACCAAAUAAAGACUAUGUGCGGCAUUAAAGAAGAGCCAAAGGCAGAGCCUCCCAAACAAGAAGAGAAAAAAGAACCCCCGAAACAAGAAGAGAAAAAAGAAGAACCCCCGAAACAAGAAGAGAAAAAAGAAGAACCCCCGAAACAAGAAGAGAAAAAAGAAGAACCCCCGAAACAAGAAGAGAAAAAAGAAGAACCCCCGAAACAAGAAGAGAAAAAAGAGCCCCCGAAACAAGAAGAGAAAAAAGAGGUGAACCCCGCCAAAGAUACCAGCGGGUAA